GCUGCUGCGUAAAUACUCGCUUUGUGAGGCAUCGGAAUAUCUUCUUGUUAUGCUUCAUAUUUACAACGAGAAGUUUGCAGUAGUAAAGUACCACCAACUCUUUCGUUUUUAAGUGUUGCGGGGCAUAGCAAAUAGUGACACUGCGCAACGGAACUCCGCGUAAUAGAUCUCUUUUCCUUCUCUUGCCUUUUCAGUUUCUUGAAUAGCCAUGGUCGACGACAAUGAACCACACUUUUUGAUUCAUCAAGAGACACAGACGUAUGUUAGUGAGCCGAUCCAUUUCCAAUUGGUGCAAAUGAACAAGUCCAUGUUUGUGUGGGUUGGCAAACAACAGGCCAGUAUGAAAGAUCUGUCGAUCGCGAUGCCACCGAUAGCAAGUCAGUCGAUACCAUCAGUAACCACAGUGUUGGGCCAAGAUAUCGCAGAACAAAGCCGUAACCUCGGACGAAGACUGGCUGCCAAAUAUCAACAGCAGUUUUUCAUUUCUUUGGAUGUUGGAAAUCAGGAUGAUAUGCUGGUCGCAUUUGUUGAGAAAAAACUAUCGGCGAUGAUUAAACGAGUAUUGAAGUAACUGUGACGAUGGGGCUUUGAAUAUGUUGUUACGUAGUUUGUCACCUGGAUGAGGUGUAUUCCCAUCAUUGUCAAACUUAAAUUGUCCACUGGCGUGUGUGCGUGUUGGUACAAAGGGCCACGUAAACAUGAUUCUUUUUUCCGUUUGUAUACGCUAUGUAUAGACAGCAGUGGUCGGUCUCCGUUUUCUAUCUCUCUUUC